CAGACUUUACAGUACAGCUUAAGCUGAACUGACAAGAUAGCAGGCAAUACACAGAGGAAAGCAUAUAUUUCUCAUUUAUACUGUUUAGUGUUGCUGUGAACAUGAAGUUUACUUAUGAAAGUUUCACCUGUGUUUCAUGUCUGAUGGUCUUCACAAUCCAUGGAGAGAUCAUACCAGAGUAUUUAGCAGCCAUUCAACCAGGACAGUUUGUGCUUGACAGGAGAAACAUAAACACGCUUGGGCAGAAUAGCACAACUCCAAAGUCCCAUUAUAUUUUGAUGACAUUUAUUCCCAAGACAUCUAACCGUGUGAUCAGAAGAAAGAGGGAUUGGUUGAUUCCCCCUGUCAGUGUUUCAGAAAAUGAUAGAGGCCCAUUUCCACAGGAAGUGGUGAAGAUGAAGUCCACCGCUGCUGAAUCCAUGAAAAUGAUUUAUAAAAUCACAGGCCCUGGAGCAGAUGAGCCACCCAUUGGUCUUUUCAAAGUGGACAAAUUCACAGGUUGGUUAAGGGUCACCAAAAGCCUGGAUAGAGAGGAAACUGCAGAAUACAUUCUCACAACUCAUGCUUCAACAGAGGAUCAAAGCUACAUUGAAACCCCUGUCAAAAUUAUCAUCAAAGUUAUUGACCAAAAUGACAACAAACCCUUGUGUACCCAGAAUCCUUUUAUGGGAGAAGUCCAAGAAAGGGCAAAACAAAAUGUGCCUGUCAUUCAAGUGACCGCAAAAGACAUAGAUGAUCCAGAAACUGGAAAUGCCAUUGUGCGUUACAAACUGGUGAGUCAGAAACCCAACGGUGGGGUGUUUCACAUUGACCCAGCCAGUGGAGUCAUCAGCCUGGCAACUAUGGGCAUUUUGGACAGAGAGACUCAAAAUGAGUAUGAUCUGGCAGUGGAGGCAGCAGAUAUGGAUGGUCAUGGUCUUUCUUCCACCUGUACAGUUGUCAUUAAAAUUACUGAUAGCAACGAUCACGCCCCUAAGUUCAGACAAAAAAUGUAUGCAGGUACAGUACAAGAAAAUAAGGCUGGGGAAAUUGUUGCAAGGUUUGAUGUAACAGAUAGUGAUGAGCCUUCAACUGCAAACUCGGUGGCAAAGUUCACCAUCAUCCAGGGCAAUGAAAAAGGGUUCUUUAACAUCAGCACCGGCCCCAGCGGGAUGGAGGGAAUCAUCACAACAUCAAAAGGUCUGGAUUUUGAGCAAGACAACAGUUUCUCUUUGGUGGUGGUGGUCGAGAACGAGGUUCCUUUUGCGAUUCCUUUGGUCACCUCCACUGCUACGGUCACUAUCACUGUGCAGGACGUAAACGAGCCGCCUGUCUUUGAGCCUGCAAAGAAACAGAUCAUGAUUAAUGAGGACAUCGAAGUGGGCAGCACUAUCUCCAAAUACACCGCCAAUGACCCAGACACUGCUAGAGAGCAGCAAAUAAGAUAUAAGUUGCUUCAAGACUUUGCAAACUGGCUGGAGAUCACAGAGGACACUGGACUUAUCAGAGUCAAGAGCUCACUGGACAGAGAGGCCUUGUUCAUAAGAAAUGAACAGUACACAGUCUUAGUAAUGGCAUAUGACAAUGAUGAUGAGCCUGCCACAGGAACCGGCACAUUAGUGAUUAAGCUGAUGGAUGUUAAUGACAACGCACCAGUACUGGAGCAGCGCAGUGUCUCGAUGUGUCUCACAGAACCCAAGCCCAUCCGUCUGACCGUCACAGAUCCAGACGGGCCUGAAAACGGCCCUCCCUUCACCGUAAAGCUACUCACAGAGAAUCACAAAGAAUUUCACAGCAACUGGACUAUAAUCAGCAACUCCAGCAGCAAUGUGGUGUGGUUGAAGCCACUCAUAAGUCUGGCUCUUGGCAAAUACAACGUGGCAAUGCGUAUAUACGACUCUAAGAGUGUUUUUCAGGACUCUUCUAUCAUAGUGGAGGUGUGUGACUGUAAGGGUGGUGACGUAACCUGCUCCAGUGGUAUAUAUGGGGCUGUUGCUGGCGUCACUCUGACAGUCUAUGUGCUAGUGGCCAUCUUAUGCUUUCUUGUGCUGUUACUGUUGCUUCUUCUCCUGAAGAGGAGGUGUGGGAGAAAAGUUCAGUGGGAACAGUUCAAAGUGACACAAGAAGACAGGGACAAUAUUUUAUGUUAUAAUGAGGAAGGAGGAGGGGAACAGGACCAGGAGUUUGAUAUGGUCCUGUUGUGCAGACCAGAGGUUUUCUCUACCGAUAUUGCCCCGAUGGCCUCACCUACGGCCUUCUUUCGGCAGCAUCCAUAUGAGAAUGAAGAUAUUGAAAACUUCAUUUAUGAGAAUUUGCACACAGCGAAUAAUGACCACUAUGUGGCGCCGUAUGACUCCGUGCUGGUGUUUGCUCAUGAGGGUGAGGGGUCUGUAGCCGAAUCUCUCAGUUCCCUGCAGUCGUCCAUCAGUAAUGAAGAUCAGGACUUCCAGCAUCUGCAGAACUGGGGACCUCAGUUCAGGAGACUGGCUGACAUGUGUGCUGGAGAUGAGUGAUAUGUGUUCUGAUCACUAUAUAGGAGUAGUCAUAUAAGGGUUACCAAAAUGCUGUAAAUCAUUAAAGGAAUAGUUCUUCCAAAAAUGAAAAUGUGCUGAAAAUUUACUCUCCUUCAGGCCAUCCAAGAUGUAGAUGAGUUUGUUUCUUCAUAGGAUUUGGAAAAAUUUAGCAUUACAUCACUUGCUCACCAAUGGAUCAUCAGCAGUGAAUGGGUGCCGUCAAAAUAAGAGUCCAAACCUACAUGUUAACUGAUGGAAUGGAGUGGUGUGGAUUACUUGUUGAUUAUUGUGAUGUUUUUAAUCUGUUUUGACUCUCAUUCUGACGGCACCCAUUCACUACACAGGAGCAAGUGAUAUAAUGAUAAAUUUCAAAUUAAUUAAUUUUCAGUAACAAGCUGUGAGGGAUCAAUUUUGAUUGUGUUUGAAAGUAUAUAGCUAUGUUGUAGCCAUAUAUCUUGUUUUUCUUUUCUUUUCUUUUUUUAUUUCUUGUUUCUCAUUCCUGUAAUUUACAAUGUUUUGUUUGAUAAGAGAAAAUGUUUACACAUUUUAUUUCUGCAUUAUGCAACUGAAGCUGUUGAACUGACUGAAUGUACGUAAGAUAAGCACCUGUUUAUUUUUUUGUUCUGCAUGUGUUUACUUGUUUACUGAACAUUUGACUUUGAUUCAGUAGA